AUGACAAGCUCCUCUGAUGAAGACGAUGGUGACUACUUCUUUGAAGAUGUAAACGAUAAGGAAGAGGACAACGAUACACAUGACGUCAAGCCAGACAAACCGCAAAGCGUCACGAUUAAUCCUUAUGUGCACACACUCUGGGCUGAUAUCAAUGUGUCUACUAGAGUAUCCGAGAAAGCAGUGAACAAGGCGGAAAAGCUGCUGGGUAGCUUAAACGCAAAGACGAAACGCUCGACUAACAGAAUAAAUGGGGGCAAAGAAAAACGCAAAGUUCUUGAGUUCUCAAUGCCAAUCCUAGGUGUCGAUGUGAAGAAAUCGAGGCGAGAUAUGGUCGAGGUGACAACGUCGAAAGACAAGUUGGACCGAGUCGUUAAGUUUGCUGGAAAGGAGUACAGUGUGUCGACGAGUGCUGCGAGACCUACGAAAGGGGAGAAAGGUUUGGAUAAAGUACUCGAAACUCUGGUCGAACCAAAGAAGGUGUCGACCAUUGAGAAGUCAUCGCUUGACUGGGACAAGUUUAAGGAGAAGGAAGGCAUUGAAGAGGAAUUGACCCAGUACACUAAGGACGGAUACGUUGAGAAACAGGAGUUUUUGCAACGGCUUGAUCUCAAGCGCUUUGAGAUUGAAAAAGCUGAGCGCGAGAAGCAACGCAAACUCCAGCAACAGCAACUGAAAUAG